AUCAGCUAAAAUCUACACUCAUGGAGAUUGAUUUACAAAGAUAAUGCAGUUCAUCACGUGUGUACAGGAAACGAGAGGUUCCCAUCGACCCUGCUCCAGACACCGAGCUGAAGCCACGGGGGACGUCAGCUUUACUGUGUUCGUGAGACUCGAUUUUCCCCUCCUCUUUGGUCAUCGUCUUCGUCUUCCUCGAAUUAGGGUUUCGAAGGGAGUAGUGUAUGGAAUUACAAAUGCAAUCGACCAAUUGAGACCUGCACCACUCCUGGCGCUCGAUCCGGGCCAGUGGGACUUUCAGUAUGUGAGCUUCACUCCAAUCUUCCAGCCAUGGGCGACCAUGUGCAGCAGAAACCCCGUGACGGAACCACUUCGUCGCACAGAUCUACACCUGCUGCAACUCCUCCCUCUUCCGCUUCUUCGCCUUUAAAGGUGUUGGUCGCCGGAAGCAAUCUCCCAUGGAACUGGUCACUUAAUGUUUAUCGGCCUAGUACUAAGGCUAGAAUCUAAGGGUACGCAACAAGUUGAGCUUGAACUUCGUCUGCUCGAAGCCUUCGCAAUUUACCGUCCCUCCCUUUUAGCCGGGAUGCACCGUCAUUUCAUCCUCUUUGGCCUUAUGCAUCAUCUUGAGAGAAGAUUAAAUCAACGAUUUUCACCUGAUGAGGUCCUGCAACUUCUAGAUCGUUUUUUCAAUUUGGACCUUCUGGAACCGGAUGACGAAGAAUUGGAACUUGUAAACCACAAAGAGGAUUUUUCUCUGCCGCAAUCUAUUCUUGAGGAGAUAAAGAGGAAGAAGAUAAGUUCAUGAAGCAUUCUUGUUUUAACUUCAAGCUUAUUUGUGCCAAUUGAAUACCUGCUAUUUCUUCUCCACAUGGAGCAGCCAGAUUAACAAGUCUUAUAGGCUCAUGUCCGAGCAAUAUGCAGUUGUGAUCUACGUUGGUAGACAGAACUCGGAUGAUGAAGUAAAUGUAUUUGUAGGAUCUCAGAUAGCGUGUCACAAUCAUUGCAAAUUGUGAGACGAUGCGUCUUUUACAUGCUUGAAAAAGAUGUAGAGUCUUGCUAAAAAAAGUACCUGUCAGAUUGAUAAUGCGGUUGUGUAUUAAUCGUCGGCACCAUCUUCAGUGUUCAGAACACGGAAAAUAUUAGAUUUGCAUUGAAGAUGGUGUCGACUUGCAAUCGCUUCAACUGCAGCACUGAUUAGCAAAGGUGACACCUGCAUGGGCACUUCCCAUGCAAUCCCAUUAAAGAUGUACAUUGAGGUUGAGGAGUAAGAUUUCGGAGAUGUGUCGGUCUAAAUAUCCACUCAUUAUUGUACUGAUGCCAUUUCAUAAUGCCAUACUCUUUAUUUGUUCUAGAAUAAGAGCAAUAAGAUUACACUUGUUUA